AUCUGGGUUCGCCUCAGGGGUUGGAUCGGGAUCCCCGCGGGGCCGGGCGAGCGCAGAUGCCCCCCGAGCGGCCUCGGUGCCGCCGUCCCUGCUGCCGGCUCCGGGGAACGCGGGUUCCGGCGGGGCGGGCACCGCGCCCCGACGGCCUCCGAGCGCCGUCACCGGCGCUUAUGGGGCGGGAAGUGCUUGCGGGGGGACCCCGCGGCGACCGGUGACACGGACAGGAGCGGCACGGACGGGCGGGUCAGCGCCAGCCCUGCCACGGGGACAGCGCCGGGGGCGCUCGGCUUGUUUUGGGCUGGGAAAGGGGAGGAGCUGAAGGGCUUCACCUGCCUGGAUGACCUGCUGCACGUCAAGGGCAUCACCACACGCAUCCUGGAGCUCAACAGCCAGCGCAUGACGUGCCGGCGGCGCCCCGGCCCCGAGGGGGCCCCACGGGCCAGCCCCGCCCAGCCAGGGGACAGUGGGGACAGCAGGGUGCCCGCGGCACAGGCUGUGGCCCAGGAGGAGGAGGACGAGGAGGAGGAGGAAGCGCCAGGGCCCUGGGAGUCGGAGCGCCCUGGGAAGGGCAGCCCCGGGUCCGGAGCAGAGCCUGAUGGAUCUGGGGGGCGAGGAGUGCAGGAGCCCCCCAGCUCUGCUGGGGAGCAGGAGGAGGAAGAGGAAGAAGAGGAGGAGGAAGAGGAAGGGAGCUGCUGCAGCGAGGAGGGGGAGGACGGCAGCAACGUGUACCUGUACUACACUCUGGGGGAGCGCUGGAUUGACUACCUGCAGCGCACAGGGGACCGGGGGCUGCUGCGGCACCUGCGCCCCAAGAUGAAGCGGAAGUCAGAGAACGGCCCGGAUGGCCGGGCCCUGUCCCCUGGGAAGAAGCUGUGCAAGGGCUCUGAGUAUGGCAGGACACUGGGUCCCUGCACGCCCAGCCCCACCACCACCUUCGGGGACCUGCGCAAUGCCAAGGCGGGGCAGGCCCGGCGCCGCCGCAUCCCCUCGGUGGCUCCCCCACCUGAGCUGCAGGAUUGGCUCCGCACCUUUCAGCGCUGGAGCGGCCCCGAGAAGCUGCUGGCCCUGGACGAGCUCAUUGAUCGCUGCGAGCCGGCACAGAUCAAGUACAUGAUGCAGGUCAUCGAGCCUCAGUUCCAGCGGGACUUCAUCUCUCUGCUGCCCAAGGAGCUGGCCUUGUAUGUCCUGUCCUUCCUGGAGCCGCGGGACCUGCUCCGCGCUGCCCAGACCUGCCGCUACUGGAGAGUCCUGGCUGAGGACAACCUGCUCUGGAGGGAGAAGUGCCGCGAGGAAGGGAUCGAGGAGCCCUUGCACCUGCGGAAGCGGCGCCUGCUGAGCCCCGGGUUCAUGUACAGCCCCUGGAAAUUCGCCUUCCUGCGCCAGCACCGCAUCGACAUGAACUGGCGCAGUGGGGAGCUGCGGCCUCCCAAGGUGCUGAAAGGCCACGACGACCACGUGAUCACGUGCCUUCAGUUCUGCGGGAACCGCAUCGUCAGCGGCUCUGAUGACAACACGCUCAAGGUGUGGUCGGCUGUCACCGGGGAGUGUGUGCAGACACUAGUGGGCCACACGGGGGGCGUGUGGUCCUCCCAGAUGAGGGACAGCAUCGUCAUCAGCGGCUCCACGGACCGCACGCUCAAGGUGUGGAAUGCGGACAGUGGCGAGUGCGUGCACACGCUGUAUGGACACACCUCCACCGUGCGUUGCAUGCACCUGCACGGCAACAGGGUGGUGAGUGGCUCCCGGGAUGCCACGCUGCGGCUCUGGGACAUCGAGACGGGGCAGUGCCUGCACGUGUUGAUGGGGCACGUGGCGGCCGUGCGCUGUGUCCAGUACGAUGGCAACAAGGUGGUCAGUGGCGCCUACGACUACACGGUCAAGGUGUGGGACCCCGAGAGCGAGAGCUGCACCCACACCCUGCAGGGGCACACCAACCGCGUUUACUCCCUGCAGUUUGAUGGGACGCACAUUGUGAGCGGGUCCCUAGACACGUCGAUCCGCGUGUGGGACGUGGAGAGUGGGAACUGCCUGCACACCCUCAUGGGGCACCAGUCCCUCACUAGUGGGAUGGAGCUGCGCGACAACAUCCUCGUGUCUGGCAACGCCGACUCCACCGUCAAGAUCUGGGACAUCAAGACGGGGCAGUGCCUGCAGACACUGCAGGGUCCCAGUAAGCACCAGAGUGCUGUGACCUGCCUGCAGUUCAGCUCCAAGUUCGUGGUGACCAGCUCUGACGAUGGGACGGUGAAGCUGUGGGACCUGAAGACGGGGGAAUUUGUGCGGAACCUGGUGGCCCUGGAGAGCGGGGGCUCUGGGGGCGUCGUGUGGCGCAUCCGUGCCUCCAACACAAAGCUGGUGUGCGCCGUGGGCAGCCGCAAUGGCACCGAGGAGACCAAGCUGCUGGUGCUGGACUUUGACGUGGACCUCAAGUGACCCCGGCCAGCCCGGGGGUCCCGCGGGAGGGGUGGCUCCGGCGCAGGCGCUGGCCCCCGCGGGCAGGACAGGGGGGCGCCCGGCCGGGCCUUAUUUAUAUGUGUGGGAGCGCCCGGCCGGGCCGCAGGAGCAUGUUUUAUACAUGGAAUAUAUUGAUUUAUUUCUGUA